AUGCUAUAUCUCCGAUGUAGCAAGCUUCCUCUUGCGCCCCGGGCCCGACUGGCUUCGACUGCUAUCACUCUUCGACCUUACCAGGAGCAUUGUCUAUCGUCUUGCCUUGAAGCGCUGGGUUCUGGCGUCUCUCGGAUAGGGGUUUCUCUCCCAACGGGCUCAGGCAAAACUACCGUGUUUAUAACCCUUCUGUCCAGACUUCGGGCAACCAACGACGAUGCAACCAGAGCCUUAAUCAUUGUCAACAGUAUUGAGCUGGCGAGGCAGUCUGCCGCCACUGCCAAGCUUCUGUUCCCGGGUUGGUCUGUCGAAAUUGAGCAAGGCGCAAAACAUAUCGCAUCUGGGCUUGCUGAUCUAACUGUAGCCACGUAUCAAACGCUGCUUAACCCUUCGCGCUUCGAGAAAUACAAUCCACGGUUAUUCAAAGCUGUCGUCGUUGACGAGGCACAUCACGCGGCAGCUCCUUCGUAUCGGAGGCUCCUCUCGCGCUUCCACCAUGAAAUCCACCCGCCAAAAGGCGAUGAGCAUAGGCCACAUAACCAUUCCGUCCCUAUCAUCGGUGUCUCCGCGACAUUCAACCGACACGACCAACUUGCCCUCAGUGCUGUAUUUGAGAAGAUUGUUUACCACCGUGACUUUGUCGAAAUGAUUGACGAAGAGUGGUUGUGCGGCGUUCGCCUUACUUCUGUCCGCGUCAAAUUGGAUCUGGACACAGUCGAUACAAAUCCGGGGGCAGGGGAUUUCAAGAGCAAGAGUCUCGCAAAGGUUAUGAACACGCCCGAUAUGAACGAGAUUGUUGUUAAAGUCUGGUUGGACCGAGCCCAGAAGCGCAAAUCUACCUUGGUGUUUUGUGUCGACUUGCGGCAUGUCCAAGAGUUGACGGACACGUUUCGGAGGUUUGGAAUCGAUGCCAGGAAUAUCCACUCUCACACCCCAGCGGUGGAACGGAGGGAGUUGGUUACGGCUUUCAGAGCUGGAGAAUUCCCAGUUUUAAUAAACUGCGCUGUACUCACAGAAGGAGCGGACAUCCCCAAUAUCGACUGCGUGUUGCUGGCUCGUCCGACCAAGUCACGGAAUGUCUUCAUGCAAAUGAUUGGAAGAGGGAUGAGGUUAUCACCAGCGACAGGCAAACAAGACUGUCUCAUCAUCGACUUCGUUGACAGCGCGGGUCGCGUCGACUCGGUGCUGUCUUUACCCUCUCUGUUGGGUCUCAAUCCUUUGGACAUGGACCCUGAUAAGCAUGAGAUGGACCUGAGUGAACUCAAAGCCCUCGCUGCGCUCAAGGCUGACCGAACACCACAACUGCAACCUGACAUUCGAGAGAUGGGAGAGGUGACCAAUGCAACGCCAGCAGCCACUUCAGUAUCAUUCGUGGAACACGAUGAUAUCGCAAAGGUCUUCGAUUCAGUCAAACUGGACGAUUAUCGCGCUAUCAGUCCUUAUGCUUGGGUCAAGUGCCAACCGGACGUCUACAUCCUGGAAUGCGUGGGUAAAGGCACUGUACGGGUGAGCCGUGCCAAUGACAAGUACAUCGGAGAAUUCGUGUCGCGGGACAAGGCCAUAAAAUACAGGAUGCUUUCGGCAGAAGAUUUGCCCAGUGCUCUUCGUGCAGCUGAUCAGUACAUUCAAAGGAAGCUGUACGGAUACACCGAGAUGGCAAAUCUCUUGCGCUCAGCGGCAUGGAGAAAGUAUCCAGCGUCGAAAUCCCAGAUAGAUCUGAUAUCAUCCCGGCUUGAGAAGACUAUCGCCUCGGGGAAAGAUGCUCCAUUCAAAGCCAUGAUCGCUGCAUCUCUCUCGGGUUUACGCCGUUCAGAACCAGUGACCCUAGAAAGUCUGAAGGCGUUGACCAAAGGAGAAGCAAGCAUCAUUCUCUGCAAAUUAAUCCACGGCAACCUUGUGAGUCCUUAA